GUGUGAUUUUCUAUAAGACAGUAUAGGAAAAUUGCAUGUAUAACCUUCAAAAAAUUGAACAGCAUUUAUAUCCGACUGUUAAUGCGCGCGCACAAAAGAAUAGACAAGGGAGUCUAACCUGACAGAGUGAAAGAGCAUAUUCAGGCAUAUCAAAAGAGAAUUUUUUCAGUAGUCGACUGUACAUACAAUUAUUUAACUUAAAAUAAUGGAUUCGUAUGAAAGUGUUUUACUUGUCAAAUCUGAAGUUUUUGUGUUUAAAAUACCACCAAGAGCACCCAAUCGUGGUUAUCGAGCAGCAGAUUGGAAUUUACAAGAACCAUCAUGGACAGGAAGGAUGCGUCUUGUAUCUCAAAAUGACUCAAUAACGAUAAAAUUAGAAGAUAAAAUAACUGGUGAACUGUUCGCCAAAUGCCCAAUAGAUAAAUAUCCUGGAACAGCAGUGGAACCAGUGACUGAUUCAUCUAGAUAUUUUGUUAUAAAAGUCCAAGAUGAUGAUGGUAGAGCAGCUUUUCUUGGAGUUGGCUUUUUGGAUAGAUCCGAUAGUUUUGAUCUAAAUGUGGCUCUUCAGGAUCAUUUCAAAUGGUUAAAAAACCGUGAUGAAAUUGAGAAAGAAAAAGAGCAGCCUAAACCAGAACUUGACUUGAGGUUUAAAGAAGGAGAAACGAUUAAAAUAAACAUGAAAAUCACUAAAAAAGAUGGAAGUGAACAAGCUUCAAAAGCUAAACAGCGUGGUCAAGUAAAUUUAGGUCUUCCACCACCUCCAGGAGGAAUUAAAAUUGCUCCACCUCCACCAAAAACACCAACAUCAUCACCCGCACAUAAGCCAGCCCCAAAUGCUCAGCAAUUGUCUGGUUCUGAAUGGGGGGAAUUUGCAAGUGCAUCCCAAACGCAACAACAACCAUCGCCAGCAGCAUCGCCGAACUCAACUAAUGCCAGUUGGGUACAAUUUUAAUAAUAAAAAUAUACUUCAUGGUUGAUAUCAAGGUGAAGAAAUUAUCCAAAGUGAGCAGAUGCAAAUGUGUUUGCAGAAAAGUAAGACUCCUAUAUGUAUAUGUUUGUUAGAUUAUGUAAAUAGUUGCAAAAAUAUUCGAUAUAUUUGUAUUAGAAUGAGUACAGCAAAAAAAGCUUCUUCAGAAUAAUAACGUUAAUAAUUAUUUUUAUAUUCAUUAUUAGUGUUAUUAUUAUUAUAUAAUAUAUUAUAUAUAUAUAUAUAUAUAUAUAUAUAUAUAUUAUUAACAACAGUAAUUAUAAUGACUGUUUACGUCCGCAUAAUGCAUUUUAAACGAAAUUAAGGUAUUACUAGUUAUAAUUAUGAAGUUGAUUUUUUACUGAGAAUUAAUAAGAGUACACGAGAUGUAGAUGUUUUUUUUUUUUUCAAUUAAUUUAUGUACUCUUUUCCCUUUUAUCAAUAGCUGCUGUACUCAUUUUAUCUAUAAUCAUUUGAAUUUGAUUUCUUGGCUAUAUUAUCUACAAUUAAUAUGGGUACAUUCUUGUGAAAAUCGAAACGAAAAAAAGAAAGUAUAUUUUAUUAUUAAAAUAGAAUUUUAACCGUAUAAUAAAAUUCUAAUUAACGAAUAUUCUUAUAAUUUUAAUGAAACAUUUAUUCAGCAUGUGAUGAAUAUUGUUAUAUAAUUUAUUAUGAUUUUAAAAAUUCGUUACUGCCUUGAGAAAACUUCAAUGAAAGAUAUAUUAAGGCCUCAGUUGCCUUUGGCAUCUGUACAUAAGUAGAUAAUUUAGAAGCAAUAUUUUAUCUUCUUGUUAAAGCCUAAUUAAAAACUAAAGAUUUUGA